AUGGCGGCAUCGGAUGCGAGGGGCUACAGCCGCGUUCCUGCUCCAGCCUGUAGUUUCCACGCCCAGGAUCCGGAGCAGCGGCAGGUGAAGCUCACGACCAGGAGAUCUCUGCAGGUCUCGGGGAGGUCGCCGGAGGUCUCCGCAGGCCACGGCCCCGGGGGCAACCCGAGCUGCUGGAACGACGCCUUCAGCUACGACCCCUGCUGCACCCAGGUCGGCGAGCCGCCGGGCCGCCCGGGGCCCCUGCGGUGUGCCGGCGAGCGGGAGGUUCUCGAGAGGUCGUUCGGCACGAAGUUAGACGCCGUGCUUGCGCAGAACGGGCUCGGCCUUGCUGGCCUGGAGGCUGACCUGAUGCACUCGCUCCGCGUCCCGGAGACG